AUGUAUGGGCUCAUCAAUUAUCCUGAGGUUUACGUGAAUCACAAAGGCCCAAAAAGUUGUGUGCAAAAUCUGGUGGGCUCCUCCACCGUGGUUGAUAUCUUUGGAUCCCAUCAUGUUCUUUGUCAAUUAACACAAGAACGCGACCUUGGCGUGCCUGACUUCACUUUACUUCUGUUUCCCGACACGUAUACCCUGUAUCCUAACGGAAACAAAUCUUCCGUCGUAUUUCUAGCCCGUAAUCACCUCACACUCUUUCAACGUAGUGGUGUCAUCAACUAUGGGUUACUUUUUGAACACCACCGGGACACGGAGCAUCAGGCUGUGAUUCUCGGUGGUGCCUCUUUUCCUUAA